AUGGCCAAACGACUCAGCGGAUUACAACGUGAAGUGCUGCAAAUGUACCGGCAGUGCAUUCGGGCCGCCCACGACAAGCCGAAGGCCAACCAGCCCAAUUUUGUGACGCACAUCCGAAAGGAAUUUAGACAAUAUCAGGACCUCCCCCGCAAAGACUUUAGCACGAUAGAGCACCUACUAAGGGUUGGCCACCGGAGAUUGGAAAUGUACUCCCAGCCAGAAGUCAAAGACAUACACUAA